AUGCGACCAAGUGCGACAUUUAUCAUCGACCUCCAAUACCCACAACACUCCCCCAACCCCAACCCGAGACAGCAGCACCGCAACAUUGCCAUGUCCCCACUCCUCCUCCUCCUCGCCCUCGCGGCCCUUUCCCUCCUCGCCCACGCAACCUACCUGGUAAUCUACCGCCUCUUCUUCCACCCGCUCCGCCACUUCCCCGGCCCCAAGCUCGCCGCCGCAACCUUCUGGUACGAAGUCUAUCACGACUGGUUCCGCGGCCCCUACCCAGGAUCCAGCUGGAACGUCGACGCCCUGCACAAGCGGUACGGGCCCAUUAUCCGCAAGACGCCCGAUGAGCUCUCGAUCCAGGACCCCGAUUACCUCGAUACCUUCUUCGCUGCGGGGAGGAGGGACCGGUGGAGUGGGCAGGGCAAGGAGGCGACGGGGUCCGUGCAGAGCACGCUGCUCGCAGCGGACCACAAGCGGCGGCGCGGCGCGCUCACGCGCUUCUUCUCCAAGCGGAGCCUGACGCGCCUCGAGCCCGAGAUCGUCUCCAAGGUCCAGCAGCUGUCGGCGCGCGUCGACGAGUCGUUCCUGCGCACGCGCGACAUCCUCGACGCCGGCGUCGCCUUUGGCGCCCUCACCCUCGACACCAUCACCGAGUACUGCUUCGACCAGAGCUUCGGCUGCCUGGCCAAACCUGACCUGGGCCCCGAGUGGCGGAGGACGUUCUGGGAUAUGCUCGAGAGCAUCCCCUUCCUCCGCAACUGGACCUUCUUUGCGGAGAUGUUCUUCUGGGUCCCGCAGAUCGUCGUGCGGUAUACGAAUCCCGGUAUGGAGCAGUUCUUCAUCAUGCAGAGGGCGAACCGCGCCAAGGUCGCGCAGGUUACGAGGGAGUGGGAGGCCGAUCAGGUUAUCAAGGCUGCCGGUGGGGAUCCGGGGAAGAAAAGGGGGAGCAAGAGGACGAUUUUUUAUGAUAUGCUUGAUAGUGCGGUGCUUCUGCCACGGGAUAAGACGCCGAAGCGCAUGGCGGAGGAGGCGUUUGGGAUGGUUGUUGCGGGGGGGUAUACGACGGGGAAGGCGAUGGCGAAUCUGAUGUAUCAUCUGCAUGCGAACCCGGAGUGGUUGGAGAGGGUGCAUGUCGAGUUGGAUUCUGUGAUGAAGGGGCCCGAUGACCCCGUUACGCUCGCGGAGCUCCAGGCCCUGCCUGUGUUGACGGCUUGCGUCAAGGAGAACCUGCGCAUCAGCUGUAUCAUCGCGGAUAGCAUCAUGCUGGUUGAGCCGAACGAGCCGCUCUUCUACAAGGACUGGGUGAUCCCACCGGGGACGCCGAUCGGGAUGACGCUGUACCACAUGCACAUGGACGAGCGGAUUUACCCUGACCCGACGGCGUUUCGGCCGGAGCGCUGGCUCAAGGCGGCGGAGACGGGGCAGGAUCUGGACAAGUACUUUGCCCCGUUUUCCAAGGGGACGAGGGGGUGUCUGGGAGUCAAUCUGGCAAACGCCCAAAUGUACCUGGGGAUGGGCGUGAUUCUGCGGCGGUUCAACUUUGAAUUGUUCGAUGUGGUUGAGGAGCGCGAUGUACGUACGGUGAGAGACUGUUUUGUUGGGCUCGAGAGCCCUCAAUCCAAGGGGAUCAGAUUCAAGGUUGUGGGCAAGCGAGAGUAGAGUUUGUAGUGAGACAAUAACAGCUCAAGUCUAGAUG